AUGGCGAUGAAGAAACAGCCUCUAAGACCGAAUGACAUCCGUGUCAUCGUAGAUCCGCAUCAAGAAGACCCAGGGAAUCCAAGUGGGCAGACAAUGACUAGUGUCGUUAAACAAGCGGCUGGAGGGUGGAAGGAUGCGCUUGAUCACGGACAAAUUCCUAGUGUGACCGACUGGCAGCAGGCUCUUCUUGCUCGUCGUGGGGGUGGGCUAAUGUACGUCGGGCCGAAUCGAGUGCUUGGGUCGUAUCUUCCUCUACAGCAGGUCACUGGGAUGAACGUUGCGCUGACAUGUCAAGCGAUAAUACUACUGGAUCACGCUGAGAACUCAAACAGUGUGCGUCGACAGAGUAAAGUGGACAGUGAUAAACCCGCGUGGGAAAAAGAAGUCGAGUGCGAUCCCUACGCUCGUGCUCUGCUACUCACUCUGUGUGGAGUGAAUGUAUUGAUCGUCAACCAGUGGGCUACGACGUUCAAUGGCAACCGUCGACUAGCCAACGGGCUGCUGCAAAACAUGACGAAAGGUUACUACGUGGGCAAGGCACUGAAAAAGUUCGGCGAAGCUACCAUUGCACCCUCGCCAAGCACCUCGUCGUUAUCUAAUCGAUUCCGCUACAACCCGGUCGUCUACGGCCUCGCCAACCUCACACUAAAAAGCAAUGACUGA